AUGUCUUUUUUAAAUUCUGGGAGAAUCCCAUUUAAUGAGAUUUUAUCGGCUACCAACAAUUUUUCUGAUGAAAAUCUCAUUGGACAGGGUAGUGUUAAAAAGGUUUACAAAGGGCAACUCGUACGAUCAGGAGAAGUGAUCGAUGUUGCCAUACUGAGGUAUCUACAACCAAUGAUGAUGAAUGAUCCAAUGAUGAAUGAGAUGAAAAUUAUUCAUAAUCUCAAGCAUAAAAAUGUUGUCUCUAUGGUUGGGUUUGAGAAAUUUGUAAUGCACACCACUAAUGUCAAUGUCAUAGUAACGAAACGUGAAGCAAAUGGAAGUCUCGACGCACAUCUAAGUAGCCCGAGUCUAAUGUGGAUGCAAAGAUUAAAUAUUUGUGUUGGGGUAGCUCAUGUUUUAAGUUACAUUCAUAAGGAUGUGGGAGACGAUCAGUGUAGUCUCAUACAUGGUAAUGUCAAGAGCUCGACAAUUUUGUUAGACGAAAAUUGGGAACCAAAGUUAUCUGGAUUCAGAUGUUGUAUGAAAACUCCACUUGCUCGUAGACACCACAUUUUCCUUACUAAGGACUACAGGGCUACUCCACAGUAUAUGGAUCCACAAUAUGAAAAAACCGGAGGUGUGACCCAAAAGUCAGAUGUGUUCUCUUUUGGAGUUGUGUUAUUUGAAGUCUUGUUUGGGCAAAAGGCGUCCAUUCAAGACGCGGAUAAUUGGUGCUUUGCUCGAUUGGCUAGGCUCCAUUACGAGGAGAAAACACUUGAUCAUAUGAUUGAUCCCAAUCUGCGGAAACAAAUGGACUUCGAAUCAUUAAAGAUCUUUUCAGAAGUAGCAUAUUGUUGUUUGAAGGAGCAACGUUCACAUCGUCCAAGUAUAGAUCAAAUUCUAAAAAAACUUGAAUGGGCGUUGCAACUUCAGCGGACACAUGAAAAUCCUAGGUUGAACUUGGAACACUUAAAGAUUCCACUAACAGACAUAAAUCUUGCCACCAAAAAUUUUGCCGAAGCUUAUCGCAUUGGCUCAGGGGGAUAUGGUAUGGUGUAUAAAGCAGAGCUGGACCACUUUGAUGACUCCUAUUCGUCAUCAAUAGAAGGAAAUAAUAAAGGAAAGUUGCGUAAAAAGCGUAGCACCGUAGCCAUAAAACGUAUAUUCAGUAGAGAAGACAAGCAAGGAGAAUUAGGAUUUGUGGCAGAAAUUGAAAUGCUUAGUAAGUGUAAGCACCAUAAUGUAAUCUCGCUUCUAGGCUUUUGUGAUGAAGGUCCCCAAAAGAUUCUUGUCUAUGAGCAUGCUUCUAAGGGAAGUCUUGAUGAUCACUUGGGCAACAAAAAUAUCAUGACUAAUAUGACUUGGGCACAACGUAUACGUAUAUGCCUUGAGAUCGCACUUGGAUUGGAUUACCUACAUUGUAGCACAGAAGACAAAAAAAGGAUAAUACACCGGGAUAUAAAGAGUGCUAACAUUCUGUUACAUGAUAAUUGGGAGGUGAAGAUUGCGGACUUUGGGCUUUCCAAAUUACACUCUAUGGAUCAUCAAGGUAGUACCCUCAAUACGUUUACUAUUGCUGGCACAGAAGUGUAUGCAGAUCCGGAAUAUUUGAAGACGGGAAAGCUGAAAAUAGAGUCUGACAUUUACUCUUUUGGGGUAGUUCUUUUUGAAAUCUUGUGUGGCAGGUUGGCUUAUGAUGCAAUUUAUAAUCUUGAAACUGAGAAGGGGCUUCCAUCCGUUGUGCGACGGCGCUUCAAUGAGGGAACAUUAAAGCAAAUGCAGACUGAAUGA